AUGGCAAUUAGGCGGAUAGGGCCCAGAACCGUAAUAUGUGUGCUUUGGGUAUUAAGGGGGUUGUUGGGUGUAAUUUUAAGAAAGGGUCUGUUUGGGGUGUGGUUUUGGUUGGAAUGAGGAUUUGCAGGUGCCAUUUGUCUGGUUUCAGGUGUGUCUUUAGAGGAAAAUGAAGGGGCUAUAAAGUAUUUUAUUUUUCAGAGCCUCGGCUCAAUAUUAAUCUUUUUUUCUUUUGUUAUAAUUAGUUGCGGAGGAUUACUUUCUAUUUGAAGGGGGGGUGUAAGAGGGUUUGUCGGAAUUCUAAUCAAGUUAGGGAUAUUUCCUUUCCAUUUUUGGGUGCCUUCUGUAAUAGGGUUAAUCUCUUGAAAAAGCUGUUUUCUUAUUGGAUGAAUACAAAAAGUUGGUCCUCUUUAUGUUUUAAGAAAUUUUGGGAUUUCUAGAAGAAUAUAUGGUUUUCUUGAGGUUAGGGCUUUUCUUACUAGUGUGGUAGGUGCUCUAGGGGGAAUAGGGAUUUUACCUUAUCGUGUUUUAAUUGGAUACUCAUCCUUAGUGCACAGGGGAUGAUUAGUAGUUGUUUGUUUAUGCAGUAGAGUUUUUUUAUAUGUAUAUUUAUUUGUAUAUGGUAUUGUUUUUUUCUUUGCAGUAUCAGUUUUAAGAGAAAAAAAACUGUUUAGUUUUUUGGACCAUUGUAAUAUAUAUGAUAACUCUAAACAGGGGGCUUGAGAAAAUGAAAUAAGAAAGAUUGGCGUUCUAAUCCAUUUAAGUUCUUUAUCUGGAAUACCUCCAUUUUUAGGUGGAACACUAAAAAUGCUUAGGGUUUAUGUUCUUUGGCAGAAAUUUCCUUUUUCGUGUUUAAUUUUGGUUAUAUGUUCCAUUAUUAGGUUUUACUUUUAUUUGAGGUUAAUUAUAAAUUGUUUAGUAAGAAUUGGAACAAGCUCUAGGGGUAACUUCAUUUCAAAGGAAGGGCGUUCUUUUUGAAGUGGAAUAAGUUCAGGUGACCUGUUGAUUUUGGUUGUGCAGAUGUGAGGGGGAAUAGGGUUAGUUUACCUUCUAGGGUUUUUAACUUAA